AUGUCCUACGACAGCGUCCCAAAAGAGGAACAUGAUAGCCCAGAUGCGGAGCAGCUUGCUAUAAAGACAAGGGAUCCGUCGGGCCGAUUGUGCGAUAUCAACAUCGUUCUUGCACUGGUGGCAGUUUCCCUGUGCUUUGGCAUGGGGGUAUUCAUGUUCUUCGAUUUGGCCUACGACCAGAUGAAACCCGCGGAGACAACAUCAGCACCUCAAUUCCAGUUCAACUGCGGCAGCUCAACUUCUGAAGCACGAGCUGCAGGUUGCCGCUUUGACUUGACCACGUUCACUUGGGUGCCACCAGCGUGCUUUGACGAGCCGCUAAUGGAGGAAUUUCUCGGCUCAAAAAACUGGACCUGGUCCUUGGAUGAGUUGGGAAUACAGCAGGUGAACGAAAGUUUCGCGCGAGAAGGCGACUUUGAGAGCCUCUACACUACAAUGGACUACCAUGUUACACAUUGCGCAUACGCGUGGAAAAAACUGCACCGGUCACUCUUUAGCGGGGAUCUUAGUCACAUUGAUGGCUAUACAGCAAGUAUUCACCACACAGAACACUGUUUGGGCAUGCUGCUGGAAAGUCGGGAUCAAGACCAGACACCAGCUCUCGGGGUGACCAAGUUUGCUUCAUGUGGCCAGGGAGUGAUUGCGGAUCCUGAUCAACAUGCUAUGUCUUAUCCCUAG